GUUUGUGAAGUUAUUGAAACCAAAUGCCAGUCUCGGCGAAACGCUUACUUCUGAAUUUUCAGUUCACCAGGUGCGAUCGGAAUGGCAAAAUGCUGAUUCACCUGCUGCUCAUCGUUUCGCUUCUGGAAGCAAUUGGCGCCUUUCAGCCGGAGUUCGUGGAGAGCAUUUCCAACGUGUCCGUGGCCGUCGGACGCGAUGCAACCUUCACGUGUCACGUCCGACAUUUGGGCGGCUAUCGGGUGGGCUGGCUCAAGGCCGACACCAAGGCCAUCCAAGCCAUCCACGAGAACGUAAUCACGCACAAUCCUCGCGUCACGGUCAGCCACUUGGACCAGAACACGUGGAAUCUGCACAUAAAGGCGGUUUCCGAGGAGGAUCGCGGCGGCUAUAUGUGCCAACUGAACACGGAUCCGAUGAAGAGCCAGAUUGGCUUCCUGGACGUCGUGAUUCCGCCGGACUUCAUCAGCGAGGACACCUCCUCCGAUGUGAUUGUGCCGGAGGGCAGUUCCGUGCGACUGACAUGUCGGGCCCGCGGCUAUCCGGAACCGAUUGUCACCUGGCGGCGCGAAGACGGCAACGAAAUUGUCCUGAAGGACAAUGUGGGCACUAAGACCCUAGCGCCCUCCUUUCGCGGCGAGGUGCUGAAGCUAUCAAAGAUCUCGAGGAACGAGAUGGGCUCCUACCUGUGCAUCGCCUCCAACGGAGUACCGCCAUCGGUCUCAAAGCGCAUCUCCCUCAGCAUACACUUUCAUCCGGUCAUCCAAGUGCCGAAUCAAUUAGUCGGCGCACCACUUGGCACUGAUGUCCAAAUCGAGUGUCACGUCGAAGCCUCGCCCAAAUCAAUUAACUACUGGAUUAAGGACACGGGUGAGAUGAUUGUGACAUCGGGCAAGUAUCAUGUGCAGGAGAGCUCGCAGUCCAUGUACGAGACCAAAAUGUCAAUGAUAGUCAGGAAGUUCCAGAAGGACGAUGUCGGAUCCUAUCGCUGCAUUGCCAAAAACUCACUCGGCGAAGUCGACAGCAGUAUCCGCUUAUACGAAAUCCCCGGACCGAAUCGUAAUAAAAAUCCGCUGAGCGGCGGCGGAAGCCUGGAUGCGGAUGCCAAUGACAUUUUGAAGCAGAAACAACAAGUCAAAGUCACCUACCAGCCGGAGGACGAGGAGCUGCAGUACGGAUCCGCCGAGGAUUUCGAGGCGGAAGGUGGCGAGGGCGGGGGCUUGACGCCGUUAUCGCCGCACGUUUACUACACCAGCGGCAAUAAACCGGCCACACAUAAGCCGGGCAACUCCGGCGGCAAUCAGCAUCUACAUCAGCAGCACCACCAUCACCACCACCACAACAACCAGCAGCACAGUGGUGGGGCAGGUGGUGGCCCAACUGGCGGUGAGUCGGGGUCACUUGGCGGCGAAAUGGGUGGCAUCACCCGCAAGCCACCGCCAUAUUACGGUGGCAAUACGGAAGUGCGAGGCCCCAUUGACAACAACGAAAUGAGCUCAGGCUCCGGAGACUCGCGAUUGCGUCGAGGUCACCACUUGCCCAUUCUCCUCCUCCUCCCAUUCGCGCGGCUCAUCCUGGUCAGGAGUUGGCACUGCCGACAUACGUUCAUAAUGGGCUUGUCGCAGGCUAGCCUGCCCGGCCUUUUGCUCAGCCUCUUAUAAUACGCAGUCUAGUAGAACCACCAGUACAUUCGACCGGAGAAUCAACAAAGCAUCACUGCAGCGAAGAAAGUCGUGGUCUUUGGGUCGGUCCCUACUACAAGACAUUCUAUCAACCGAAAAGCUAGUGGUAGUGUGCAACACUCAGUUUAAGGAUAUCAACAACACUUUCAU